ACAACUGAUCUGGCAGAGUUUCAGAAUCAAAUACCACAUGUAUGUGAUUUUGGAGUUUUCAAAUUAAGGAGCACAAGUACAUUCAAUAUCAUCAACAAGGUCCUUGAUUUGGAAACAGAGUUGGUAUACAAUGUCGAUUGGUUUGGCAAAGAGAAAGAUGGUGACGGUUCUGAGCAUUGAUGGAGGUGGCGUUCGAGGCAUAAUUCCCAGCACCAUCCUCGGCUUUCUUGAAUCUAAGCUUCAGGAUCUGGAUGGAGCAAAUGCAAGAAUUGCAGACUAUUUUGACAUAAUCGCCGGAACUAGCACCGGUGGAUUGGUCACCACCAUGCUUACAGCUCCCAACAAGAACAGUAGACCCAUGUAUGAAGCCAAAGACAUCAACAACUUUUAUUUUGAACACUGUCCCCAGAUUUUCCCUCAGAAAAGACGAAAAAACUUCUUCACAUCAAUGACAGAUGCAAUGAAGCAGGGGCCAAAAUAUGAUGGGAAGCACCUGCGCUCAAUGACAAACGGGCUACUUGGUGACCUCACUCUCAAGCAGACCUUGACCAAUGUGGUCAUUCCAACUUUUGAUAUCAAACACCUUCAGCCUGUGGUUUUCACAACUAUAGAUGCAAAAGAAAAUCCAUUGAAGAAUGCAAAGCUUUCAGAUGUCUGCGUCAGUACCUCUGCAGCUCCAUCUUAUCUCCCUCCACACUACUUCGAAGUCAAGGAUGACCAAGGAAAUAUCCGCACAUAUGAUCUUGUUGAUGGUGGGGUUGCUGCAAAUAAUCCUACAAUGAUGGCCAUAAGUCACAUAAACAGAGAAAUGUUGAAGAACAACUCAGAGCCAAUGGAUGCCACUCGGUUGCAAGUGCUGUCAUUGGGCACCGGCUGUGCCAAGUUUGCAGAGAAGUACAGCGCAGUCGCGGCGUCAAAAUGGAGUUUGGUAAAUUGGAUGUUUGAUAAUGGGAGCACACCUUUGCUGGACAUCUUUGGGGAUGCAAGUUCUGAUAUGGUUGACUUUCAUGUCUCCACUCUCUUCCAGUCCCUCAAUGUCAAGGAGAACUACCUAAGAAUUCAGGAUGACACAUUGAGCGGUGACGCAUCAUCUGUGGAUAUAGCAACCGAGACGAAUCUGAAAAGCCUUGUGGAGAUCGGAAACGGUUUGCUGAAGAAGCCAGUGUCAAGGGUGAAUUUGGAUACAGGGAGAUAUGAGAAAUGCGAGGGAGAAGCCACCUAUGAAGAAGCACUAGUCCGAUUUGCCAUACAGCUCUCAAAGGGAAGGAAGCUCAGACAAACCAACUGA